CGCUAGGGGCGUCCUGGUCGGGGCUUGAAUUAGAUGCGCACGGUUCCUAUGGCAGCGAAGAAGCGGUCCUUUAGAUAAGAUAACUUUUGUGUCCUUCCAAAGUUAGACAUAUCUGAAUAUUAAUUUAAGAAGCGGCACCUAUUUAAAGUAUAUAAGUAGAAAAAAUUGGUCUUUCAUUUUUUUAUGAAGGAAUAUAAGGCGGCGAUCGUUAUGACUUUUGAGCAAACAACAUUGUGUUAACGUUUUCUUUUUUUCAUUUUCAAUUCGGUUUCUUUUCCUGUGGUGUUGUGGCUGCUUUGGCGGUUUGGACAAAUUAAGGAGUUUUGAUAUUGGAUGCAGUUUGGACACUUUACAACACAGUACCAGAAGGUAACUCGCUCGAAAUAUCGCCAAGAUCAUUUUGCGACUUGAGCCUUAUGGCUGUAGUCGCUGGCGUGAUAAGCUAUAAGCUUGACAACUACCUUCAGGUUCAGCGCAUGUAAUCAAUACAAUUAACGUGCGAUCGUGUACAAUGAGGACUAAUAACAUUGACAUACGGUUAUCUGCCGGCGUUAGUGAGGCUUCGCGCUUUUUAACAAUGCCAACCGAUCGUUCGUUUAGUGGAUGAUUGAUGUUAAAUCGCUUGCAGUGCACCGUUUUCCCGAUCUUCACGGUUCCGUUUUGCUCUUGGUUUUGGCGUAUAACAAAACCAUAGACGCUUCGAGUGGAAUGUUGAACAAGCGGAAGGCUCGUUUAGACUACGCCGACUGCCAGAGGCUGGCCGGAUCUCGCGAGGGCAUCGCGUCGUUAGCCACGCCGUCCGUCGUCAAGAGAUCGUCGAGGGAUCCUCACCGGGGUCUCUACCCAGCUCAGAGGCCUAGGAUGAGCCGCAGCGCAGCGAACUCAUCGAAGAGCGGCACCUCCGACACCCCAGCCCCCGGCCAGGACAUGUCUUUGAGGUACCCCAGCUUUCAGUCGGCGCAUGCACUGUUGUUGGCCAGCUGCGCCGGCAGCAGCGACAGGAGGAGCUCUGCCACGAACCGCCCAGAGAACGGCAGGACACCCGAAGGCUCUCCGGGGAAGCGCAAGAGGGCCAAGACGAUGCCCCAGAACAACAAGAUCACGCGUUACUUCGAAACGUCUCCUAAGAAGCUUGGCGCCCAGUUUGACGAGGAGCAUCGCUGUCCUCAAGCUGCUGGGCCUUCGUCGCUUUCUUUCGUCGGUUCUAUCAAAGAAGACUCCAAGUGGCAGUACCCUCUGGAGGGGGACUCUGAUGACUCCGACGACUCCGUGGUGAUCACUGAAGUGUUUGGACUCCUGUGCCCGGAGGUGGUUCCCGAGACAGAGCUGAGCAAUCCUUUUGACCGGCUUCCCACCGAAGUGCUGGAGGCUGUCUUUGCCAACAUAAGCCUCCAGGAGCUCUUGUUGACCUGCAACCGUGUCUGCCGCAGAUGGCUCCAAGUCAUCGGCGAUCCAACGUUCCUGCAGCACCGGAAACGCUACUACAAGUUCAAAGCGGGCAACUGCAGGUCUGUCGUGUGCGAGGUCCAGUGCAUCUGCGAGUCAGAGAAGAUGUGCUCCACCAGGAGCUGUCUUCCUGGACUCAUUAGGUACAUGUUGAAGUUUAGAAAAGAAGCAAAGGGCCUUGAAGCUGUCCUGAGGAAUCAUGAAAAAUAUGAGAUAGCCACGGAAGUGCUGCAAGGAGGCUUUCGGGACUGCUUUUCUGGCAAGUUUGUACACCCGUGGUGCAUUGUGGCAGCACUCGUGGUGGUUUCGGAGAGCGUCCAGGACAUCUUUCAGCUAUUUCACCCGUCGCUCGACAAUCUGGCCCUCAGCGAGGCGUUGUACUGCAUUGCCACCUUCCUUCUGCACUUCCAGAAGAACUACAACAUCAAUCAUGGGUACCACUACAGGACCUACUACGCACUUCACCUGUACGAGAACAUGUGGUCGGGCACUCUCAAGGACUUGACUGCCGUCCAACAGUCACAUAAGGGACAGCAGAACAUUCUCAAGUUUGGGACAUCUAGUCAACGCGUCAAAUACACUCACGAGCAGAUGAGGGUCAUCAACCACGAGCUGAGUCCCAACGACAUUGUCCGCAUCAUUGCAUUUGCAGGAACAGGCAAAACGUCCACCCUGGUCGAGUAUGCGCGCUUGCGGCCAUCCAAGAAGUUCCUCUGCAUCGUCUAUAACAAGUCUGUGAGCGAAAUAGGGAAGAGGACGUUCUCUUCUAACGUGGAGUGCCGGACUGCUCACUCGCUGGCCUUCAGGUCUACUGGCUUCCGGUACCGUGACAAGAUGACCUCGAAAGUACGCGUGCUGGACGUGUCACGGCUGGUGUCGAUGCCCCCGGGCCUGUCCCUGAACAAGCAGCGCUUCUCCAAGCUGGUGAUCCAGAGUGUAGAGCACUUCCUUUCCUCGGCCGACGAGCUGCUCACCACAGCCCACGUGCCCCAGAAGGUGAUGGACUUGGAGAACAACAUGCCCAUCCAGCUCACCUCUGCCCAGAGACUGGCCGUGGCAGACGAAGCGGCCAGCUUCUGGGAGAAGAUGGCCGACCCCAACAACAAGGAGGUGCGCAUGACCCACGACGGGUACCUCAAGCUUUUCCAGCUACAGAAGCCCAGGCUGGGAGUCUACGACUGCAUCUUCGUGGAUGAAGCCCAGGACUGCAACCCAGCCAUGCUGGAUUUCAUCCUGGCCCAGAGCUGUCCAAAGAUCUUGGUAGGAGACCCCAACCAGCAGAUUUACGCCUUCCGGAGAGCCAUCGACGCACUGUCCUCUGUGCCGGGGACCCAUACAUUCUACCUCACUAAGUCUUUCAGAUUUGGCCCAGAGAUUGGAUACAUAGCUUCAUGUGCCUUGGAAACCCUCAAAGGCAUCAGCAACAAGACCAUAGUGGGCAGUGCAGAACCAGGGAAGGUGGACGGCAGCAUUUCGGGUCAGGUGGCGGUCAUCGCCAGGUCCAACUUGACCCUCUUUAAUCAGGCCGUGGAGAUUGUCUGCAACGAGCAAUACAGGAGGAUGGGACUGUCUCAUGUCAACGGUGCCUUCAUUGGGGGCAUUGCGGGCUAUGGUUUCCAGCAGAUACUGGACAUCUACAAGCUGUGUCACAAGCCCGAAGAUGUUUCCUCCAUCAAGGAUGCCUUUGUAAGGCGGUUUGACAGCUUUGCCCGACUGCGGAGCUACGCGCGCAAUGCAGAGGACGUGGAGCUGCUUGCGAGGAUCCUCUUUGUGGAGGAGCACGUGCACGCGGUUCCCCAGUACGUGCGGACCCUGGAGAUGAAGUGCAGCGGCAACGACAAGCUGGCGAACAUUGUCUUCACCACAGCCCACAAGGCCAAGGGUCUUGAGUUCGACACGGUGAUGCUGGCAGACGACUUCUUUGUUGGGAAUUGCUCACUGGGAAACCACAAGGUGUCCCUGAAUGCGGAGACCAUCCAGGAGUACAACGUGCUCUAUGUGGCCAUGACAAGAGCUAAGAAGAGGCUGUGUAUGUCACGGGCAAUCUACUUCCUACUUCUACAGGCACAAGAGAAGUAUGAGUUCCUGCAGAGCAGGGACAGCGCCGUCCUCGAGGCUGGAGGAGGGGUGCUGACGUGUUGCAGCUGCGAGGAGGCCUUUGAGCCGUCGGGCAAGUUGGUCCUCCAGCGACGGCCUUUCUCCGUGGGGGGCCAAACCUCACGAGGUGGGUUUCUCUGCAAGGCAUGUGCCACAUGUGCAAUGUUUCAGCCAUUCCUGAGGCCCCAUAUUGAUGUGAUGAACUUCAACUUCAUGGUUCCGGACUACAGUCACGAGAGCCUGUCUGCCAUUUUUGACUGUGUGCUAUGACGUGGGCGUCCACACCCGGCCGUCGGGGCCCAAGAUUGCGUUGUCAUGAUGCUGUGACCCAAGCGUAAAACUAGCACUGUAAGAUAAGUUGGUGUCGUGUUCCAAAUGGGCGUGGUAUCGAAUCCCUCCUUUGAGCAUUCAGUGUUUUUGGAAGGGCCUCCAGCUUAGCCGAUAAAUUGUUUUUGUUUUAGAAGUUGCUGCAGUGAUGCUGCACACUGCUCUCAGCACACUGACUUUCCAAACAAAUAAAAUGUAUUAUAUUUUACGCAUACAA